AUGGUGGUUAUCGACGAAUACAGUCGUUUUCCAGAGGUUGAAAUCUUGACUUCCACAUCAGCUAGAGCAGUGAUACCGAAGUUGGACGCAAUUUUUUCCAGACAAGGAAUUCCUGACGUCUUAAAAAGCGACAAUGGUCCUCCGUUUACUAGUCUCGAAUUCAAGAAAUUCGCAGAGCAUCUGGGUUUCCAACAUCGUCGGAUUACACCAUGUUGGCCAAAAGCUAACGGGGAAGCUGAGCGCUUUAUGAGAACUCUCGGAAAGUCCAUACGCACUGCUACUGUUGAAGCGAGGAAUUGGAAACAAGAUCUGUACAAAUUCCUUCGGCAAUACCGUGCUACACCCCACUCUACCACAAACAUCUCACCAUGUGAAGCCCUCAACCAGAGGAAACUCAAAACGACCUUACCUGAACCAGACCUCCCAAGAGUUAUAUAUGAUGAUAUACAAAGAAAGAUGGAAAGAAGAGACGCUGAACAGAAGUCGAAGCAGAAGUUGUAUGCUGACAACAAAUCACGUGCAAGAGAAAGUUCGCUUAGCCCUGGAAUGGUAGUCUUGGUGAAGCAACCUAAGCAAAACAAGUUGAGUACGCCAUUUGACCCAAACCCAUUUGUGGUGAAAGAGAAGAAAGGGACUAUGGUGACAGCUAGUAAUGAUCUCAAGACCGUGACGCGAAACUCAUCCCAGUUUAAAGUUAUCCCACCAGAGCUGAAUCCUGAAAGAAACCAAGAAAAGCAAGGAAACGAAGCACAAACUGAGAAUCCACCAUCUGUAGCUAAUCCCAAUCAAGAUGAAAUAACCGAAUCGUUAAGAAGAUCAAAUCGACAAAGAAGACAACCCGCAAGAUUCACGGACUAUGUCACAACCAUCAAUUAA